GCUACCUCUUUGAACCUGUGGAGUGUGUUUGUGAUGAAGUAAGUUCACUCUUAUGCAGGCGAGCGCCGAGGAUCACAGCAGCCAGGAGGGAAAAAGUCUCUUUACGCGCGAGGAGCUGCGCCGAAACCCCAACAGAGACUGAGCUGAAGCAUCUAAGUGAGCAUGUGGUUACUGGAGAAGCUCCGGAGCUCCGUGGAGAGCAGUGGGACAAAUUCCCAGACCCCACAGACGACAGAGGCCAUCCCAGUCUCUGUUUAUGCCAACGUACUCACUCCAGAAAGGAUCCCGGAUUUUUUUAUCCCGCCUAAACUUGUGUGCUGCCCGCCGGAUGAGUCUCCCAGCCCAGAACCUCUGCACUGCUCCACCCUCAGGCCGUCAGCGUCGGACCACGCCAUCUGCAGCCAGAGCCCCAGAGCCCGCAGAAGCAAGAACCCCACCAGCCCUCGCCUCUUCGCCAAAAACCUUCAGAAGUCGGCCAACCGCCAUAUCAUCCAGAUUGAGAGCGCGGACGAGCCUGCUGCCGGGUCCACGGGGAAGGGGGAUGUUGACGUCAACACCAACGCUGACCCCCAGUCACAGACCGCCAUGUCCUUACCGUAUGUUCCAAAGGCCCAGACUUCCUACGGCUUUUCUACGCUGGUGGAGUCUCCUCACACCCGACGCAAGGAGAGUCUGUUCCACAGCGACCCCAACAGUCCUCUCACCUCCCCUAACUCCCAAAGGCGCUCCCAGGGGGGGACCCUUCUGGCCCCAGCUGACCCCAACCCCUACAGGUACUUCAGCGGCGGUGAGAGUGACACCUGCUCCUCAGCGGAAUCGUCCCCCUUCAACUCUCCUCUCCUGUCUCGAUCUGCCUCCCUACUGCGCUCCAUUACCAAGGAGACACAAGCUAAGGUGUCGCGUGCCAAACGCUCCUUGGCUCGCCACAGCUCCCUCUCAACCGACGAGUGCAGCUCAGCGGACAACAGCCCCAACAUGCAGCGGCGCCGCACGCGCUGCCCCCCCUCUCCGGCUUUCAGGGGGAGCAAACCCAGCAGCGCCAGGGGCGCAGCGUCCGACCUCCUGCAGCGCGAGCACACGGUCUAUCUCCACAAGGGGGGCACGCUGAGACUGAGCACUCACUACGACCCCGAGGCGGCCCGGCUGCGGGUGCGAGUGCUGGCCGCCGAGGCCCUGUACGACAGGCAGACGGACCUCAAAAGCAUCAACUGCUGCGUGGCCCUCUACCUGAACCCCGGCAAGCAGCAGAAGCAAAGGAGCACCAUCAUCAAGAACAGCAGGAACCCGGUUUUCAACGAAGACUUUUUUUUCGACGCGCUGCCCCAGACACAAGUGAAGAGCCUGGCCAUGAAGAUAAAGGUGGUGAACAAAGGAACCAGUCUGAGGAGAGACGUGUUACUGGGGGAAAGGGAGGUGCUCCUCAGCGAGCUGCUCGCCAGCCUUUAGACAUCUGCUGUCAAGACUCGGGAGGAAGCAGUCAGCUGUCACAGGUGGAGGGCUUCCUCCCCUUUUACUCUGACAACCUUUUUGUACCACUUCACAGCUGACAAAUGGCGGACAGGAGAACGCAUUUGAGAACAAUUUGUCAUGCUCUCAGCAUUUGUCUUCAUUUUUAUUUACUUUUUUUUUUUUUUUUUACAAAAGCAAGCAGCUACAACCUGCACGCUCGCCAGAAACAGAGCGAUGUGAGCUUUGACUUUUAGAUGUUUAUUUUUAAGCAACGAGCUGCUGGAGACUCCAUGCAUAGAUGUGCUACGAUUUAGCUGUGUUGAUAUGAUAUAUUUGCAUCAGCUUUACUUUUGUGAUAAAUCUUAAUAUAAUUAGAGUGUAUUUUUUUGCAUGAAAAAGUCAAAAAUAAAAAUGAAUGUUUACUGACUGUAACUUCUUGCAGAUGUGUUGUAAAAAAAUACCUUAAUGUGUUCAGUUUCCAAAAGUCUGAAUAAACAUCACAAGAAGUUA